GGACUCGAGACCCUAGAGCUCCACGUGGCACCACUGCAGCAGGCUGCUGACGCCGAACCAGCAAUCUGCACAGUAACCGCUCCGAGCGCGGGGCAGCAGCAGCGCAAGGGGGAGGUGUUGGGGCAGCUGAGGCGCAUCCUGGAUCCGGACCUGGGGGCGGACAUAGUGGCGUCGGCGCAGCAGCAGCAGCGCGAGGGCGAGGUGUUGGGGCAGCUGAGGCGCAUCCUGGAUCCGGACCUGGGGGCGGACAUAGUGGCGUGCGGCUUCAUCAAGGAGCUGCAAGUGGACGAGGCGGAGGGCUCUGUGUCGUUCAACAUGGAGCUCACCACGCCCGCCUGCCCCGUCAAAGACUCGGCCCGUGAGUACGUGGGGUCGCUGCCGUGGGUCAAGACCGUUUCUCUCACCAUGACCGCCCAGCCGCCCAAGCCACUCGUGGCUGAGGAGGUGCCACGUGGCCUGCAGAGAGUGGCCAACAUCAUCGCCGUGUCCAGCUGCAAGGUGAGCCAUUGCCUGUGCUCUGCUCUCGCCGCCUCCCUCUGUCCCAACCUCUUUGUACUCGCCCACCUCUUUGUACUCGCCCACCUCUUU